GGUUAUAACUAGUGUAUUUAUAUUAUUAGUGUUAAUUAGUUGAUAAUUUACAUUACUAUUUAUUAAUGCUGAGGUUAAUAUGCGGUAUUCGUUUCCAAAUAAUAAAUUUUCAUGACAAACGUUCCAUACACAAAAUGAUUCUAAACAUGGAACACAUGUACCUCAGGCAAGAAGAAAAUUCUGAAAAUGUACAAAUAUCCUUUAGAUACACCAACGACAAAUUUGGUGUCGAUAGAGAAUUCAAUUUUAGUCGAAAUGUAUCCGAAAAUAUCACAGUAUGUACAGCUAGAAUGAACGCAAAUUUAGAAAAAGCCUUUUGUAAAAGACUUAAAAAGAAAAAGAAAUCUGUGGAACCAGAAGUUACACUACCUGAAAUAGAUGUAAAAUUCUACAAAAACGAGGAAGUUCUAGGUCCUGAUGAUACUUGCAAAGAUGUAAUUCAUAAUCAUCAAUGUAUAACAGCACAUGUAAUCGAUAGAACGUACAAAAUCAUAUACAAUCCUCCAUGGAUCACAACGUUACAACUACCUACAUCGAUACUUGCAGACUUUCCUGUGUACCCUAAUAAACUGGAACUACAAUUUCUAACUAUGGAUAAAUGCAAGUUUUUGUGGUACAAAGGUAUAUAUGACCCGGACAAACAUAAACCAGAGAAUGUAAAUUGGAUUAGUAUAGGCGAAGGCUUUAUUAUAAAUACAACGAACGAUGAAAUUGGUCAUAAAUUGAAAGUUGUUUGUGAAACCACUGACGAAGGACCUAAAGCUGAAUGCAUUACUGCAAAUAAUGUUGAAGCUGGUCCUGGAUUGUGUCCGUUUGAUACUAGACAUCUUUAUACGAAAGAGAAAUUGUCCGGUGAUAGUUUUCGUGUAUGUUCUUAUAACAUACUAGCUGACCUGUAUGCUGAUAGUGAUUUUACUAGAACUGUUUUGCAUCCUUAUUGUCCGCCCUAUGCGCUACAAAUUGAUUACAGAAAACAAUUGUUUUUAAAAGAAUUAUUAGGUUACAAUUUUGAUAUAGCUUGUCUGCAAGAAGUAGAUUGCAAAAUUUUUGAUUCAGAUUUAACACCGAUUUUAAACACCAUUGGAUUCGAGGGUGUGUUUAAAAAAAAAGGUGCAAGUGUUGCAGAAGGUUUAACAAUAUGUUAUAAUAAAAAUCGGUUUAGUAAAAUAAAUAAGUUUGGUAUUAUUCUUGGGGAAGAAAUAAAUAAACAGGAUAUUUUUAAAGAUUUGUGGUGUAAAAUUGAAAAUAAUGCUCCUUUAGUUGAGAGGAUUUUGCAAAGGACAACAGCAGCUCAGGCAGUUUUAUUCGACUAUUUAGAUAAAAAAGACCACAUGCUCUUAGUAGCAAAUAUACAUUUAUAUUUUCAUCCGGAUGCAGAUCACAUUAGGUUACUACAAUUUGCUUUUGCUUUGAAAUGGGUUCAUAAUAUUCUUUGCGAAUCAAAACAACAGUUUGCAGAUAAAAAAAUUUCCUUAAUAUUUUGUGGCGAUUUUAAUAGCACCCCCGAAUGUGGCAUUUAUAAAUUAAUGACUCAACAAAGUGUACCUGAGGACGUACCAGAUUGGAGUUCAAACGUAGAAGAAGCCGUCAAAGGUGUAUCUUUAUCCCAAAAUAUAAAAAUGGGGAGUGCCUGUGGCACUCCUCAAUACACAAACUAUACCGUCGGUUUUGCUGAUUGUCUCGAUUACAUAUUUUAUCAAGACGAUUCUUUUGAUGUACAACAGGUGGUUCCCUUUCCAAGUUUAGAAGAACUUCAAGCAAAUACUGCUUUGCCCAGUAUAGUUUUUCCAUCAGAUCACAUUUCUUUAGCUGCAGAUCUUAGAUGGAAAUGA